AUGACGGCACCUCCAGUGUCGGUGGCGUCCGCCGCCUCCGCGUCCCCGCCUGCUUCGGCCUCGUCUUCUCCUCUCGUGCCGGCAGCAGCCGCCGCACAUCUCCAGGCAGCUGUUCGCCUGAUACAAGAGGCGCAAUCCCUGCAUCAGUUGCCCACGCUUUCUCUGCAAGACAAUGCGGGGAAAGAAAAGGAGAAGUUGCAUCCCUGCCGCCAGGCAGAGAUGUUGCCUCCGAACCACGCGGGCGCCAGCGCCAGACUGGUCAAGGUCCUUCUCCUUCUCGGCGAUUUUGGCGCUGCUGCGCAUGCGCUCAAAUAUUCUCUUUCCCUCGGUUUAGGCGCAACAGGAGGCCGAUCUGCCUCUAAAGUUAGAUGGCUGUUACGGGCGCUCCGAAGCACAACUAUUGAAGAAGGGGCCGAGCAUGGAACAGAGCGCGAGCGUGAUAGAACAGAGAGGAAGAAAGAUGGGAAGGGAAGGAGUGAGGCAGACGGGAACAAGGAUGAUGUUAAUCGGGGCGGAAGAGUGGUGCUGGGUGCAUCAGAUGUGAUGGGAGGAGAAAAAAGCGAGGAAGAAGACAUGGAGAACACCUUCCACAUGCAGUUCCUUGAACAAGACAAACAGCGAAUUCGUAGACAACUCGAAGAGUUGCAGAGAGAAGAUGCAACUUUUCUGUCUCACGUCCGGGCCUCUUCCCCCUCCGCACCAAUCUGUCUUUCUCUUCCUCCGCCCCCUUCACACGCGUCUCGUGACGACGACUGUCGCGGCGUUUUCUCUCUCCUCGCCUUCCUGUACAGUCUCCUCCUUGCCGUUGAUGAGGCGUUGGAAAUCGACGAAGAAAAUGCAGCGCCCUUAUCCACCCCGCCUGCGACUCUAGCGCUCUGUCGUAUGGUCUCCGUCUCGCGGUCCUCUUCGCCGCUUCCGGUGCCGAAGCAUUUGGAGCGCCAGCUGAGCGAAGCAACCCGUCAGGUCAGCGAGAUAUUUUCGCCGUUUCUCUCUUGUCCUUCUCGCCGUGCCCCAUCUUAUGGCUCUCCUGGCGGCGGUUCGUCUUCUCCUUGCCCUGGAUCUCUGCCUCCCGCUGGGUUGCCGGCAGGCGCCUGUGCGCUGUCUUCUCAAGGCCGUGAGAGCGAGAGGGCCACGCCCGUCGACGCCUCACAGCGUCAAGACCAAGAGGCAGAGAAGCGGGGAAUCGCUGUGCCUGAGUCCGCGUCCUCGUCUCUCUCCGCGUGUGGGAGAUCUUCGCGGAAGAAGGAUACCCACGUGGGCCGUGCGCAGCACCAGCAGAGACAGUUGCUGCUUCUGCAACAGCAACAGCAGCGCAGCAGGAAUCGCCUGCGCCAGGAAAAGCCCCGUCGACUGAAGUUUUUGCACGAGUGUGAUACUCCGGUGAGUCAGCUUCCGUUCGCCUUCUGGAAGGCCUUCGGGAGACUCAUGCGCAUUCCCCACACACACGUCCCCUCCUGCACGCCGUUCGCCUCCUACGAGCACAUGGACGCGCUGGAGCAGGUCUGGGGUGACGCCUGGGCGCUCUCCCAGCUCAAGAGUUCGGGACUCAGCUACAAGAUCCUCCACGCGAACGCCACUGCGGCAGCCUUCGCGCUCGCUGGCAAGUCCGGAGCCGGAGAGAAGAGCGAAGGGAGAUCGAGGAACGGAGUCAAACGCGACGGGAAGGGGAGCAGUGGAAAGGCCAGAGAACGGGGCAAAUCAGAGGGGACGAGAAGUGUGGGAUCUGCGGGCGUCGCGGCGCCCGGCGGGGAGACCGAAAGCAGGAAAGGGGGCGAUGGAGAGGCCGCGGAAGAUCAAGGGGGGAGAACCGAGAGGAGCGAAGGCAAAGAACGGGAGAGGGAAGAAGAGAACAGCGGGACGAAGGUGAGUGAGAAAACAGGAGGCGCAGGACGUUCAAACAACGAUCCCUCUGGAGCCGAAUGCGGAGGGAAAGGCGCCAGUGGAGCUCCACAUGCACAAGACGGUGCCAAAGCAGCAGGCAAGACGAGCUCGGCAACGGCGGCCGCGCGCGGCGCGCUCCAGGGCGUCAUUGCAGCCGCCACGGGGGUCGCAGGAGCUGCGGCAGGGGCGCCUUCUCUUCAGUGGGUCUUAUGGCAACUUCAGAGCGCGAUGGAAGGAACACAGAGCAGCUCGUGCGCGAGCAGUGGCGAUACAACCCCCGCGACGAGGGAGGAGACCGACACGGCGUCUCUGUGUGCAGAGGAGCCACGUCAGGAGGACCGAGAAGGACAGAAGAAGGCCGGAGAAGAAGGGGCCGAGAGAGACAGAGAGGAGAGGAAAGAGAGGGAAAACAGUUUUCUGCUUCGUUCCCAACGAGCACAGGGACAAGUCUUGAACGCUAUCGAGAAGGCCCUCGGAGGUGUGACCGAGUCCCCGAAAGAAGGGGAGGCGCAGCAAGUUCCGCUUCUUGUGGUGCUCUUGCGGGUGAUUGAGGCUCUUGUAUCUACCCGCCCCUUAUGGCAGCUGACUCCCUAUGGUCUCUCUGGGUCAGCCGCGGCGUCGUCGUUCUUCGCCUCGCCCCGUCCAUCUUCCUUUUCGUCGUCGCUAACACCUGUGGCAGUGAGUUGCUUGCUGUCAUCCUUCGUAAGCGAGGGCACCCGCCGACUUGCCUUGGCCUCAUCGUUUUUCUGUUCGCGUUUUUCUUCCUUCGGCGGGGACACAAAAGACGGAGGCGCCCUGGCGCAGAAAGGCGAGGGACAUACGGCAGGGGUCGUGGUUAAGGUGGAGGAGACAGCGAACGGGGACAGAGCGAAGGGGUCUUCCUGUGGAAACAGUGGAAGUGGAAGCGGGCUUUGGUGGCGCCUCGAGUGGUCCACCCUACAGCGUCUCCGCGCUCUGUCUCCUUCCGAGGGUGUCUCCUCGGCAGUUGGAGACACAGCACGCGUGUUGCUGGCCGACUGGUUGGGAGCUGCGGAACCCGUUGAGGACAACAUGGAGACAGAAACACUGGGGAAGAAACAGUCAGGAAAAGACGGGAGGAAACGUGUAGGUUCCUCCCACUUGUGCCUUCAAGUCGCUGCCUGUCUCCUCUCCGCCGCGGCGGGCACAGCCCCCUACGUGUGCUCAGACCACGUGAGUGGCAACGAUGCAGAGGGGAACGAGAAGAACGGAGAUGCAGACCAGGUUUCUUCUCUUUCGAAAUCGUCUCCGGUCGCUUCCCCAUGCCAUCCCUUCGGUGCCAAGAUCUUUCAUCUCUCGCAACUGAAGGAUUUUCUGGACGUCGCCGGCGAGUGCUUGUACACCGCAGCGGCCUGCUGGGAAAUGGAGAGAGCGAAAGGGAAGGAUGAAAACGAGGACAGGGAAAAAGAGAGAGAGGACCGAAAGGGAGAAGCUGGGAAGGAGAGGGAGAAGAGGGAGGGAGCUCUCGAUGAAGAGAACAUUCGUUUCUCUCACCUUUUGAAGAAGCUGCUCGCCUGGCUCGGUCUCCUUCAUCGCCAGGUCGCCGCCGCCGUCGGAGCAGGCGGCCACACUGAGGCAAGUGAAGGAUUUCUUUCUCUCCCCGGCGACUCGGGAGAAGGGGCGACCGGAGCCUUAGCUGCGGUCGCGCUUCUCGCCGAUCUCCGCGAUGAAGAAGAAAGAAUGUGGGGAGAGAAUGCGGAGCGAAAAGACCAAGAGAGGGAGGAUGGAAAGCAAACUGGGGAGCAGACUGGAGGAGAGGAGGAAGAGGAAAACAGAGGCGUCGCCAGUGUGGUUGACUUUGAGAGGACGGCGAAGACGGGGGUGCCCCCAAAGGGCAAGCAGACGACGGUCCCCAUUUCCCCUUCUCUGACAGCAGAUAAAGUCGACUUGUGGGACGUGCCGCCGUUACACGUUCUCCGCAGGAAGGCUGUCGCUGCUGCCGUUGCUGAAGGCAUGGAUAUCGAGUUGUUGGAGUCCCUCGUGGGCCCCUUUGCUUCGCGCUCAUUUGCCCGUCUUGUCUCCAAUCACGGACGCCAGGAGAAGAGCGGCGAACAGAGCGAAGGCGAGGGAGCCGAGGAAGAGAAGAAGGUCGACGAGGUCAUUGGCGCCGUGGGUUCUCCCUCAGCCAAGUCCUCAGUUCCUUCGCUCCACACGUCGACAGGCACAGAAGAGGACAGGCAGACAGGACGCGAAGACAAAACGGAGGAAUCUGAUGCGAGAGGCACCCUUUCUUCUUCCACGUGCUUUUCGAAACUUCAGUUUUCGCGCGCGUGCAUUGUGGAGGCGCUGGUGGACACACUGAGAGAAGGAGAGAGCCAGCUCAUCUCUCUGUCUCUGCGCCUCCACGACGAGGCCCGUCGACAUGCGGCUGAAGAGACAUCCGCGGCGAUCGCCGUUGCGAGUACGACGACCUCCCAAGGAGGCGACAAAGAAGAAGAAUCGUGUCUUUCGUCUGGAAGCGGGAAAGUCAUUCUCUCGUCCGAUCUCCAGGCGGACAUCCUGUUCUUCCUUCAGUCGGUCGUUCCGUUCCUCUCCCACAUCACGCGCCAGCUUUCUGCCCUGAGUGCCUCCUCUCUCUCGCUCUCUUCCCUCUCCGCUCCUCCCCAGAGCAAGACUGCGGGCAAGAAGGGAGACAAAGAGGCCAUGGUCCCUCUCCUCGUUUUCGUCACACCCGUUCUUGAGAGCUUUUUCCUCCGCAUCACGUCUUUGUACGGUGACCUGUUCACUCUCUUAGCCCUGACAGCCAGCCGCAGCCUCGACUCGCCCCUCAUCUCUUGUCUCGGAGCUGCACUGGACCCCGGAUUUUCGAUGGAAGAAACAAGGCGACAAAGAUACGGCGUCCAUGACAAAUUCGUUGCUGCACUCUGUUCGUCCCUACCCGUGUUCCUCUCUUCCCUGGGCGCCUUCCGUCGCCAUUCCCUCGGCGUGGCUCAGCGGGAAGUGUCUCCUGGGGGCCGCUUCGAAAGCAUUGCCGACUGGUUGGGGUCCAACUGCUUUGCCCAGGCCGUAGGGCAAGAGCGAGGAGGCGACGAAGACGCGCAGGCAGGUCGGGAGCGCACGGCACGAGGGGCAGACGAAGGAUCUAGCAAGAACGAUGCAAGAGAGACCCCGGCCGAGGAGGACAGCAGCCCGCGAGAUUCCGUGCCUGCUUCUCUGGGCACCUCGCCUUUCGCCGCACUCUUCCCGUUCUCUCGCAGCCUGGGCCAAGCCGCCGGGACGCACUCGCAGAGUGGAGAGAAGAGUUGUCAGUUCCCGACUCCGACUUCGCAGGAAGCCCUCCCCAGUUUAGACACGCCUUUUUGCAUGUGGGGCGUCGCUGUCCCCGCGAAACUCUCGACAGCGCAGUGGCUCCUCAGAGGUCGAGAACUCGCUCAGGCUGAGGAAGCAGAAGACGACGACGACGCCAUUCAGCGACUCCUCACUUCGUUUUCCCGUCCCUCUGCAAAACCUGGCGAUGACACGUCUUCGCCGUCGAAGACGUCCAAACUCGCUUCGUCCACAAAAACCUCCUCACUCCCACCCUCCGCGUCUUCAGUCUCGUCUUCGGCCUCUCCGUCGACGGCUCUUCCUGCAGACGGCUGUUAUCUCCACAGCUCAGCCGCCCGGCUGUGUGUCGCGCUUGCCGCGUUCACGCUCAUCGAACUUGUCGCGGUUUCUGCGUUUUGCUCGGCGUGCACGUCGUUUCUGGAGAAGAAAAAGCUCCCCUCUCUCCCCACGGUGGCCGGCCCCGUGGCGGUGGCCGCGGGAGGGGGCGCUGGUGGCGCCGGUGCAGUUUUCGCCGCGGGCGUCGCUCUCGUGACAGUCGCGAGGAAGCGCGGACAGGCUUGGAAAGACUUUUGCUUCAGUGGCCAACUUGUGCGGUGGACGAUGCAUGCGUUGCUCUACUUGGUGGCCGCGCCUCUGGAGGCUUCUGCUGCGUCGGCCUGCGGAGCGAGACACGCCCCGAAUGUGGGGCAAGGAGAGAGACAGGAAGGAAGGCAGGGGAAGCGGAAAAGGGGUGAAGAAGGAGGGGAAGCAGCGGAUGUGGACGGCAAGGAGGAGAGACAAGAAGAGAAGGAAGAGGGAGAAGAAACUCUCCUGUGGCAACUGCAUCCAUUAACAUCGAUAUUAUCUGUUAAGGAAGACGACGACGGAUGCAUGCCCCUUUUCGUCGACGGCGCGUCUCCGGAUCUAGGCCGCAACGAAGAGCGAGGCGUGCUUGAGGGCGGCGAGUAUGCUUCCCGUCUCGCCGAGGUUAUCCGUCUAUCUCUGGAAGCUGAAAUGGUUGUGCGGGAGUUAGCUGGUGGAGCCGGGAGCUCGCAGCUUGACGGCCUUCCGGGCUUCUCUGCCGCUUCACCGCUGUCGGGGGCCGGGGUUUCUGGCGCGGGAGGCGGAGCGAGCGGAGGGGCGAACAAGAUCAAUGCGGGAGCGCUUCUGCUCAUGGGGGAAGGGAAAGUGAAGAAAGGCGAAAGAGGCGAGAGAGCCGCCCGGGCGGCGUCGGCGGCUCCUGCCGCGAUUGCUAUGCUUCCGGAAUGGUUGACACCGGCUUAUAGACAGGAGGAAGAACUUCCGUGGGAGAAAAAAAUCGAAGAAAUAUGGAUCAAGGGAAACGCACAAACAAUGGCAUACACUGCCCCGCCCCCCACAAGCAUCCUGGGAGACGUGGACUCCGAACGCAGCCGGCGAAGGCAGCUGCCCGGCCUCGAGCUCUAUCUCCCCCCUGGCAUGUGUACGUCGUCUCUCCCGCUCGCUGCUUUGCAAGUGGCUCUGCGGUCCAUCCGCCCGUCACCGAUUCGUGGUUUUGAACGCGAAAUGCUUGUUCUCGCGGCUUCGAGUUCUGUUUCUUCUCUCCCGAGUCGUCCUGACGCGGACGCCGCGCGGGCGGCGGUGCGCGAGGCGCUGACGGUGCGGCAAGAGAGCGAAGGCGAGGUCGGGGCGGAAGAGAAACGAAGGGAGGACGGAGAGCGCGGAGCUGCGAUGCGGAAUCCCCGGAUCGAGAUGGCAGGGACUCGACUCGCCCCGUUUGCCACAAUGUCGGGGAGCAGUGCCUUCCUGGUUGUUCCUCUCGCUGCUCGUCUCCUUCAGCUGCAUCUCUGCGCGACCUCUCAAUGCCAGAGUGAUUCGUCUCUGUCUCCCGCUUGCUCCGCCGAGAACGGGCCAGGGGAGGGAGUGCAAAUACGCGGCGAAGACAAGGCGACAGAUUUUGCAGAGGAAGAAGACGGAGAGGUGAACCAGCCGAAGCCAGGCAAUGACGCAGCUUCCAUCUGCUGCACCAGCACGCUCUCGUCUGUCUGCUGGGUCGCAAGUGAAGUGCCAGACAGGCUUGGAGACUUGGCCCACUCAAUUGCCUGCUGCUACUUCCUUGUUUAUGGCCAGCCAGUGCUUCCUCGCCCCACUUCCCCACUGGACAAACUGGUUCUGAAAACCACUAAGGAACAAACCAGAAGCAAUUUCAUCGAAAUCUCUCUCCCAGCAGCAAUUCUCGGGGUCUAUAUUCACCGCGCGGUGCAAAAAUGCGGUCCCUGGGCCACCGAACUUCAGUCCAAGGAAACGGAGCUCUCAGUUUCGACAUUCUUGUUCCCGUCUCGAGAGACCCGCGAAUUCGGACGCAGUGUGGUGGCGGUCGCAGACGCUCUCGUCUUCAACUCUUCUAGUCCACCCGACGUCUCCCUUCCCCCCUGUCUUCCUUCUAUUCUUCAUCUCCCGGAUUCACUUCACAGGCCGCCGCCGUCGCCGUACCCGCCCGGUCUGUCGUUCUCUCUCUUCUGGGCCUACACCGGAGAUCCGCUUGUGCUGCCUCAUUUUCUGCGCCUCUUCCUCCUGCUCGUCGUUCAGCACUUCCAGCUCCAGCAAAGCGUCCAAGUCCCCAUUCCCAUGCAACACCUGCUUCAACAGCAAACCGAUAUGCUUUCUUCGUCUCCGUUCGCUUCGCUGUCGGCCACGCUUGCGCGUCUCUUCCCCCUCCCUUCCGUGCGUUCCCUGUGUAACCUCCAGAGCAUGGACGACACCGUAGCGCGCUCUGAAGACCCUUCCCCCUCAGAGAACGAAGACCAGGAAAGAGAAGGGGAAGAAAUCGAGAUGGGCGAGGAGAGACUAGGAGGCAGCCGAUCUGUUGUGACUUCGGGAAACUGUGGUGCGGCCAGCAGACUUUCAGAAAAUGACAAUGUGGCCCUCGACGAACAGGCGGCGUCGACCUGGCAGAAGAUGUCAGCCAUUAGGGAAAAGAUCAGUCAAAGCAGAAGAACCCUAGGAGCCGCAUCAGCCACCGUAGCUGCUGCUGAGAGUGUGCUCCUCGGCUGCAUCCAAGGGGAAGACUGUAAGACACUCAUCGCGAGAGAAACCGAAGGACGAGAGCAAGGCGUGCUUUGUGGCGGGAAGCGCGCGGGGCAUGAGAUUGAGGAAGAAGAUGAGGAACUCGAAGUUCUGCGAAAGGCGAGCUUCGAAGGGACGCGGAUCUACAUUAAACUCGACAAGAAAGGGAAUCAGCUCUCGAUUGCUCCUCUGACUUCCUUUUCUGCCUACGAACAGAUGAUCUAUCAGCUUGAACUGUACCAGCUUCUCCUUCUCCUCCAUAUGCUUCCCAUUUCGAAGCAACAGUAUCUGAUCAACACGUAUCUGGCUGACGCAGGCGAACGCGAAUCGACUCGGGCCGCCCUGAUCUCGUGCAUCACCCCUGCGCCUUCUUCGCUAUCGUCUUUUGUGGCAACGCGCCUCUUCCCGUCUUCUCCCUCGUCGGCACUGAGUGGCGAGUCACCACCGCGUCUGUCCCUCCCCUCUCUGCAGUCUCUCUCCCGGCGAUUGGCGCGGUCGGCUAUAGAGGCGUUGGAGAGGAAGCCUGUUCACGCCAUAUCUCCUAGUCUCCGUGGUUUUUCCCUCCACCUUCUCCAGCUCCUGCAGCAGGCCCAGAGGACGGCAGCGAGCGAGCCGGAGGCUUUGGAGCGUGCGGGUUUCGCUAUCCGAGCCGCCGCGUGUGCGCCGCACAACCCCACACUGUGGAUGGCUGUGGGGUCUCUCCUCCUCGAGCUGCUGCUUCUCCUUCUCGACAAGUACUGUGCGGCAGGGCGAGGAGACAGUGGUGGCGGGCUCCACGGUAGGGAAGACGAGGAAACGGCCCGGUGGGCCAGGAAAAUAUUCUCGGCUUUCCAAUCAAACGGCCAGGUACCACCCACGGCAGGAGGGAGCGUCUGUGACUCUCUCCUCUCGCGACCUGGCAGCAGUCCAAGCCCCGGUUUUGGGUUGCUCAGAGGUGCCGGAGGAAUCGGAGGCGGCACGAACUUCUCGCCCGCGCCCUACACGUCGCGAGUGGGAGGGAAGAAAGGAGACAGGGGCGCUGGGCGGGCCGUGUCUGCUGGAGAAGGGGAACGCAUGCUCUCUUCUUCUCUGGUCACUGCCGCCUCCAUUGCGGCUCUGUGGAACCAAGUGGGGUGCGUCGGGGACCGGGCGGCGCCCAAUGAAGAAACACUCCUCCAAAUCUUUGCACACACGGCUCUCGUCAUAAACGUAUGUGGGGAAAUCUGGUUAGCUGCUCUGCGCCGCUUCUGUCCGCACGUAUGUGUGGAGCCGCAUCUCACGGGCAGCAACGCCAGACGGGUCGGAGAGGGAGAAGACGAGGCACAGCGAGAGGCGAAAAGAAUGAAGAGAGGAGAGGACGAGGAUUCUGAGGCGAGAGGCCGUGAUGCGUCACUUGAGGGAAUCUGGGAACGAAUGAAUGUAAAGAAACUAUCCGAAGCAUGGUGGAUACAGAUGUGUCGCAGUGGAAAGAAAAUCGAAGAUCCGUGUGAUCUGCAAUGGCGGUACCUCAGCACCCGUCUGGACGUCCUUCUUCUUCUCGUCCUACUCUGGAAGCAAUUCCGGCGCUCUUCUUUCUCGUUCGCAGAGUCUCCUGCAUGUGCAGGUGGAACGACAGCGCACCCGACCGUGCACGUAGUAGAGCGACACCGGAUGCGCUGGAUGUCCGUGAAUGCGGCGAAUGAGGCGCUUUUUGCAAAGGCUAACUUGGGAGGCAGGGGCGAAGGGUUGACUCCACGACAGAAAGAGAUUCUUGACUUGUGCGGUGCUCCUCCAGUCGAGAAAGAGAGGAGCCCCGCUGAUUCCCUUGCCUCGUCGGCCUCCUCGCAGAGCCAGGGACCCGUUGAAAACAUCACAGAGAAGGUGAUACAGUCAAGCCUGCUUACCUUUGCUGCCAAACACCCUUCGUCGGUCUUGCAGCAGCCCGACAACGAAGAAGACGUGCGAGAGGCAAGGGUGACGAAGGGCUCUAUCGAGGACGUCCAGCAACUCAGAAAUUUCAUUCUGGAGGUUAGCACUCUCCUCCGUUUCGUCUUUGAUCCUUCCAAACUGCCGCUGGUGGCCUCCCCCCCAUUCGGUUUGGAAGACGGAGAAGAGACACCAGAUGGAAAAGCUGGGGAGAACGGUAUCUGGAAUUGGGCUCUCGCAGCUUCUCUCAACAGAUGCAAAUCUUGGGUAGAGGCGGAGACAUUCCUUUGGCACCUGCCUUUGAUGCGCUCCAAGUGGCUUGCGCGCCUCGCUCUGUGGAGUGUCUGUCUCCCAGAGGAGCGCGGGAGGGCCAAGAGAGAAGAGGCAGUUGGCGGUUGUCCCCAAGAGCUCGUCACUCCUUCGGGCGCUGUCGCCUCAUUCUCUCCUUCGGACGUGGCCGCUCUGGCGCGCGCCGUUGGGCUCGAGGCCGCGCGUGCCAUUGAACUUCCUCGAGGUGAAGCGGGCGACCAGGAGAAGCAACACAGGAGAGAGCAAGACGUACGCGUUUGUGAGGCCACUUCCUCGGAUUCGGCUUCUUUAGAUGGGGGACGGGCGAGAGGCACAACAGAGGAUGCAAAUACGCCUUUCUUCUCGAGUGCAUUAUUCAGCUCUGCGUUGUGUGACGCCGUCGACGCAUUGAUGAUCUCCUGCAUUCAAGCUUUCGGCGCUGAAGCAAUGCUUGAUCCAGCUGCGACAGAAAAGGGGGACGAGAAGAAGGACAACAUACAAAGCAAGGGUAACCGUCCUCAAGAAAGAGGCCAGCCUCAGUUGUGUCUGAACAACACAGGGAAAGGGGCAGUCUGUUCGGGAGAGACCGCAGAGAGCGAUGAUGCCUCGCUGCUGGCCUCUCCAAAGGGCUCUAGCAAGAAGAAGGAAGAUGACGAGGGGAAACAGGGAGAAAAAGAAAUGGGUGGCUGUGCUGCGUCUGUGGCCUCGGCUAGGGUGCAAGACGAUGUUCGUUUUGUCUCAUCUCGCCUGUCUCUGUCGCUCUUCUACGCAUGCCUUGGAGAUAUGGAGGAGCUUGUCGAGGCGGACGGCGACGUGCUGCCUCUCGCGAUGCCUCUCUACCACCUUCAUUCUCUUCGUUUGAAGAUUCUGAUGCUCUCUCGUGGAGCCUUGUGGCGUCUGGCCGCCCUCUUCCCCUGGCGGAGUGCCUCCGCCGGUGGUUCCGAUAAGUCACAAGACAAAAAUGGCCAGAAAGACAGUAAGGUGUCUGUGGGGCUUAAUGUGCCGGACAAUGGUGUGGAAGUGGAAGAAGAGACAUCCAACGAGGAGGGAAGCCGUCCACUUUCUCCUUGCUCGAUACGCCAAAAACGAGAUGACCUUCUUCGCCGCUGGCUAACUGGCGCCAUGGAGGACAACGUCCGAUGGGAGUACGGGCGGUUAAGGCGACAGGGCGCCUCUGGGCUCUGCUGCGGGGUCACAAUCUCGAAGGAGAGAUCUGAUAGCAUGGAGAAGACGCGAAACGAGGAGAGAGAGGCUGACGAAGAAGAACUGAAAGUUUUAGGAUCUUUCCGAUGUCCUGCGGAUGUCGUCGCUGACUGCAUUGAAGCGCUUCAGUAUCUCGCGCUUAAAAGCCGUCAAGCGGGUUUAUGGACGUCCAUUCCUCGUCUUCUGCUGGUGAAUGCCAGUCUGACAUCUGGGCACCCCACUCUCGCGCUGCGUCAUCUGCGCCAGCUGUUUUCGCGUGGAGCGACAAAACUCUUGCCCCCCGAUGCGUGGCUAAGCAAUCACUACCAGGCACUGAAGCAAAGGAGACCGGCGUAUGAGAGAUCGAAAUUCCGCCUUUUCCACGCGACUGUCGACACUGCCGUUCUCCUCGCCCAAGCUGUCCUGCAGCGUACAGAGAAAACGAAAGAAGAGCAACUUCUUGCGAUUCGUAGAGAAGAUGCAGGAGGGACCCAAGACCACGAGGAAACGAAGCAAAACGAUCCCGUGAUAGCGUCUCCUGGCGGCGAGGACGAGAGAGAUGAGAAGAGACAGUCAAUCCCGAAAGAGGUCGCUGGAGAGGGGUGGAUUUUUGGUGGUUUGGAGAAAGUGGAGCAUCUAGACGACUUAGUUCAAGGUGUGAAGUUUUUGGUCGAGCAGCUGGAGCUACAGCUUAAGUUGCUUCGUAGGCUGCAGCUGAACGAGCUAGGAACGUACCUCCAACUCGCGUACUUCCAGGACCCGUCACCUCAAAAUACCAACCCUGGGACACCGUUUCACACUCUGCAGACUCAAAUUGCUCAGCUGUGUCAGUCUCCGAAUGCGGGCGGACUUGUUGCGGAGGGCCGAGGGGAGAAGGGGACAGGAGGAAGUAGCAGCGGCGCCAGCACAAGCGGGGACCGCGCAAGUGUACAGGGCGCUGCGAACUUCUUGCUGCUAAUGAACAGCUUGUUGGGAAGUGGUGGAGCAGGAGGUCAGACAGGAGUGCAGGGAACAACAACAGAUGAAGAUGGCCAGCAGGCGAACAAGCGGAUGCAGAGAGAAAUCGUGAAGGUUCUGCUCAAAGGCACGAUCGACGUUUUCGAAUAUCUCGUCACGUACUGUCCAGACGUCCUAGAUAUGCGGGAAAUGCACCGCGCGAUCACGCAGCUUUUCCCUGAAGUAGGUGUACCUGCAGUCGAACCACAAAACACAUAUGUGGCGACAACGGCGAGCUUAGAUGGCCGCCUUCUUCGGCUUCUCAGGGAUGCGGUGACGUGCGUGAGACACGCGUCUCCCGGCCCCGCGUCGGACCUCCUGAGGCAACUGAAACAACUUAUUCGGGAGAAGGCAGCAGAGGACAAGAAGGUGGAAGCGGGAGAGGAAGUCGAUAUGGGUGCUUCAUUGCCGUCCAUGGAGGCUACCCUGCAAAAUGAGAAUGCGGUCGAAACAGGAGUCGCGCAUGCCCCAGACGACAAUGAGGAUGAUGGAGUCAUAGAACAGUUCAUUGAGAAACUGGAGGACAUCUUCGUCUCUGCUUGCCGAAAGCUGCUUUACUACAAUCCUCCCUCUCCUUCCUCCGAGGAUUCGGCCGCGUCGUUGUCUUCUUCAGAAGGCGCACAAACGCAGGUCGCUCCGCCUGCAGUCGCUGUGAUGCGCCUCAGUCUAGGCUUGCCCGUUCAAUGUGGCAUGGAGGUCCAGGAGAUUGAGAAAGUCACGGAGGCCUUGCUUGCGUAUGCGAAAGCAACGCGAGCUGGGGCUCCUUCCAUCGAGCUUUUCCUUAAAUCGGGCCGCGUUACAGCAAUGCCUAGUGGGCGAGGAGGAAAAGGGCAUGGAAGCUCGGCGGCGCAUGGCGCGGGGGGAGGAGAAACUGGAAGAAAAGAGAGAGGAAGAGGCGGACGUGGGGGGGGCGGUGGUGCAGCACAAGCACGCGGCGCUGCUAGCGGAGGAAAUGGAAACGCAGAGGCAGCCAUCAAAGCAGAAGGGUCGGGCUCUAAGGCCCAUGCGGAGACCCUUUCGCCGUCACCUCAGGGUCCAAAUCGGGCUGGGAGUUGUGGAGAGGGUGCAGGAGGCAAGGAACGAGGCGCAGGAGGGGAGAAGAAGAGGAGAAAGAAUGAAGAGACAGGGGAAGGAGGGCUGCACAAGACGCCGCGAACAGAGUCAGUUAACAAGCCUGUCGGAGAAGCUGCUGACGUCGCCGUCAAAAGCAUUCCAAGCAGUCCAGUCCCGUAUGUCGACUGUGCCAUCGACGUGGAAGGAAAAGAACUGCAUCACACAGGAUGA